UGCAGGACACGAUUCACCAGCUGGAAAACGAGCUCAGAGGAACGAAGUGGGAAAUGGCACGUCACUUGAGGGAAUACCAGGACCUCCUCAAUGUCAAGAUGGCCCUGGACAUUGAAAUUGCUGCAUACAGGAAGCUACUGGAGGGUGAAGAGACAAGAUUCAGUGCCUUCUCUGGAAGCAUUACCGGUCCCAUAUUCACACACAGACAACCAUCUGUCACAAUAGCAUCCACCAAAAUCCAGAAAACAAAAAUUGAACCGCCAAAGCUGAAGGUCCAGCACAAGUUUGUAGAAGAAAUCAUCGAAGAGACGAAGGUGGAGGAUGAGAAGUCUGAAAUGGAAGAUGCCCUGGCAGCCAUGGCAGAAGAAAUGGCAGCCAAGGCACAGCAGGAAGAGCAGGAGGAAGAAAAGGCAGAAGAAGCAGCUGCAGAGGAAGAGGCUGCUUCUGAGAAAGCAGCUGAGGAAGAAGAGAAGGAGGAAGAGGAAGCAGAGGAGGAAGAAGAAGCUGCGAAAUCUGACGCAGCGGAAGAAGGUGGCUCCGAAAAAGAAGAAAUCGAGGAAAAGGAAGAAGGGGAGGAGGCCGAGGAAGAGGAGGAAGAAGCUGAGGCCAAGGGCAAGGCCGAAGAGGUGGCAGCAAAGGCAGAGAAGGUCAAAACACCUCCCUCAAAGUCACCCCCUAAAUCCCCCCCUAAAUCCCCCGUAACAGAGCCGGCCAAGGCCGCCCCGAAGGAAAAACCCGCGGAAGCGGCGAAGGAAGCGAAGGUGGAGAAAGCUGAGAAAGCAGCCAAAGAGGAGGAGAAAGCAGCAUCCCCUGAGAAACCUGCCACCCCAAAGGUAACCUCCCCAGAGAAACCUGCCACCCCUGAGAAAGCUGCCACCCCGGAGAAGGCGGAGAAGGGGGUGGCCCUGGAGAAGCUGACGCCGGAGAAGUUGCGCUCCCCCGAGAAGGCGGCGAGCCCGGAGAAGCCCCGCACGCCCGAAAAGCCUGUGAGCCCCGAGAAACCCCGCUCCCCAGAGAAACCCCACUCCCCAGAGAAACCCCACACCCCAGAGAAAGCCCCCUCCCCAGUCAAGGAUGCCAAGGCUGUGGUGGAGGAGAGCAUCACCAUCACAAAGGUCACGAAAGUCAGCGCCGAGGCCGAGAAGGAGUCCAGGAAAGAGGACAUCGCGGUCAACGGGGAGGUGGAGGACAAGAAGGAAGAGGAGUCCAAGGAGAAGGAGGAGGAGGACAAGGGGGUCGUCACCAACGGCCUGGACGUGAGUCCCAUCGAGGACAAGGGGGAGAAGGUCGUGGUGACCAAAAAGGUGGAGAAGAUCACGGGGGAAGGAGGGGACGGCGGGCCCACCUUCGUCACCAAGUCGGUGACCGUCACCCAGAAGGUGGAGGAGCACGAGGAGAGCUUCGAGGAGAAACUGGUGUCCACCAAGAAGGUGGAGAAAGUCACCUCACAUGCCGUAGUAAAAGAGAUCAAAGAGACCGAAUAAAACAAAAAAACGA